UUUUACCACUCAAACCAAAGACCAAUGUCUAAUUCAAACCAACCACUUCUUUCCAAACCAAAGUCUCUUAAGCACAAGAAUCUAUGCCUUGUCCUCUCCUUUGCAGCCAUUCUUGGCUCUGCAGCUUUCUUCUCAGCCCAACUUAUCUACACCAGUGAUGAUUCCUUACUAACCCCUAGCCAGAUUUGCAAUGGAGCUCAUGACCAAGACUCAUGCCAAGUUCUCUUGUCCGAAUUCACGACGUUGUCGCUCUCAAAGCUCAACCGUCUUGACCUAUUGCACGUGUUCUUGAAGAACUCCGUGUCCCGGGUUGACAGCGCGAUGAGCAUGGUGAAAGAGGCUAGAACCCGCUUGAACGGUGCGAGAGACGAGGCAGGUCUGGCUGACUGCGAGGAGAUGAUGGAUGUAUCAAGGGACCGGAUGGUGAGUUCGGUGGAGGAACUCCGAGGAGGAAACCUUAAUCUUGAGUCUUACUCAAACGUGCAUACUUGGCUGAGCAGUGUCCUUACAAACUACAUGACGUGUUUAGACACUACUAAUGAACCAAGAGUCAAGGCGCAACUUGAAGACUUGGUUUCUAGGGCUAGAGUGGCUCUAGCCAUUUUUGUGUCCGUCUUGCCUGCUAGAGACGACCUCAAGAUGAUUCUCUUCGACCACUUCCCGUCCUGGCUAACUACUCUCGACAGGGAGCUAUUAGAAUCUGCUCCCAAGGCACUUAAGGUGAACGCGAACGUCGUGGUGGCAAAAGACGGCAGCGGAAAGUACAAAACAGUAAAUGAGGCAGUGGCGGCAGCACCAGAGAAUAGCAAUUCAAGAUAUGUUAUAUACGUGAAGAAAGGGGUUUACAAGGAAACUAUUGACAUAGGCAAGAAAAAGAAAAACUUAAUGCUUGUUGGCGAUGGCAAAGACGCUACCAUCAUAACCGGUAGUUUGAACGUAGUUGAUGGAUCCACCACCUUCAGAUCAGCCACUAUUGCUGCCAAUGGAGACGGGUUUAUGGCACAAGACUUAUGGAUCCAAAACACUGCCGGGCCAGCAAAGCACCAGGCCGUGGCUCUUCGAGUGAGCGCUGAUCAAACUGUCAUAAACCGUUGCCGCAUUGAUGCGUAUCAAGACACACUCUACACGCACACACUGCGACAAUUCUACCGUGACAGUUACAUAACAGGUACCGUAGACUUCAUCUUCGGAAACUCCGCUGUGGUGUUCCAGAACUGCGACAUUGUUGCUCGAAAGCCUGGAGCUGGGCAAAAGAACAUGGUGACAGCUCAAGGAAGGGAGGAUCAGAACCAGAACACAGCCAUUUCGAUCCAAAAAUGUAAAAUAACCGCAAGCUCUGAUCUUGCUCCUGUAAAAGGAUCUGUGCAGACGUUCCUUGGAAGGCCGUGGAAGUUGUACUCAAGAACAGUGAUCAUGCAGUCUUUCAUUGACAACCACAUCAACCCGGCCGGUUGGUUCCCAUGGGACGGCGAAUUUGCGCUCUCGACAUUGUAUUACGGAGAGUAUGCGAAUACCGGUCCUGGAGCGGACACGAGUAAGAGAGUGACGUGGAAGGGAUUUAAAGUUAUUAGAGACGCAAAGGAGGCCGAACAGUUUACUGUGGCGAAGCUAAUUCAAGGAGGAUUAUGGUUGAAGCCCACUGGAGUUACUUACCAAGAGUGGCUUUGAUUUUAAUGUUUAGGUCUUGUACUUUUGUGUUGUGCUCUGUUAUCUCUGUUUUAGUUUGAUGAAGUGUUUCUCUGUUUUGUAUGGACUUAACCAAUGCUCUGUUUUCGUGAAGUUGUUAGGUUAAUGUUUCAAUAAUAAAUUUCGUGAUAUGGCAUAUCAUAUUUUGAAUAAA